AAUGUCAAAAAUAUAACCUACAUAAAUCCCAUGUUUGAUUGUGCGUACAAUUCCUUUACGUGAUUUUCGAGAGUUACGAUUUGAUAUUAUUAAAAUACAAUGGUAAAGAAUAAACGCAAUGCUGGUCUUGCUGAUAGAGUUAACCUUAAGAGGAAAACAGAAGGUGUUAAUAAAAAGUUAAACCCCUUUGAAGUGCAUAUAAAUAAGGAAAAAAUUAAGAUCUUAGGUAGAAAAUCUAAACAUGACCGUGGAUUACCUGGUGUUUCUCGUGCUAAAGCUAUUCAAAAGAGAAAAGAAACGUUAGGCAAAGAAAUGAAACUGAUGAACAAAUCGAAUGCAUUCAUUGACAAGCGUAUUGGUGAGAAUAACAACCAACUCUCCGCCGAGGAACGUAUAAUCGCACGAUACGCAGCUGAGAGAGCUGGGCCGCAAAGUAAAAAAAAUAUUUACAACCUCGCAGAUGAUGAGAUAUGGACCCACAGAGGUCAAACACUGGAACAAAUUGAGAAAUUCGAUGAUCCACGAUCAUCGGAUGAAGAAGAUGAAGAUGGGAAAAAAUUUGGAGGCUUGGAUGAUGAUUUUGUAUCAGAGGGCCAUUUUGGUGGAGGCACUCUCCCUAAAACUGAAUUCAAAGAUGGUACAAAAUCACACAAAGACCUUGUUGAACAGCUCAUAGCAGAAUCAAAGAAGAGGAAAGCUGAAAAACAGGAGGAAAAAGAGAAAAUUCUAGAUUUGACAGAGAAGUUGGAUAGUGAAUGGAAAGACCUUCAGCCUGUUGUUUUUAAAAAAGCUAGGGUGGAAGAAAAAAAGGAAUCUAUCAUUGACAAAUUAUUGAGUCAGGCGGAGAAAAAGAAUGAAGAUUAUGAUAAGAUGAUGAGGGAGCUGAAGUUUGAAAAACGGGGCACACCUUCUGAUGGAUUGAAGAGUUCAGAGAAAGAAGCUAAAGAAGAGAAAGAGAGAUUAGAAAAAUUAGAAAAAGAGAGAGAUAUGAGAAUGUUAGAUGAUGGAGAAACACUUUUAUCAAAAUCAAAACCAAGUACACCAAAACAUAGAUCAGCUGAUGAUUUAGAUGACAAUUUUGAACUUGAUGACGAGCAACAAUUUAUGCUAGCGUAUGACAAAGAUGGAAAACCAUUGGUACCAGAAAAGGUAUUGAAAGAUUAUUCUGUUCCAAAUGCCAAGCCCAAAUUCAAUGAUGGCAUCUCUGAUACUUCAUCUGAUGACGAAGCAAGCAAUAGUGACCAAGAUGAUGAAGAAAAUGAUAAUGAUGGUGAAGACUCAAGGGAAGUAGAUAUGGAGCAAAAAAAAGAAAGUAGCGAUGAAUCAGAAACAAAUAGUGAAGGAAGCACAAAUGAAAAAGAAAAAGUUAAAUCAAAAUUCGACAAAGAUUUAGAAAGUCAAUAUCAGAAGUAUAAGAAUGAUAUGGAAAACAAAAUUUCUGAAAGGCUAGACAGUGAUAUAAAACAAAAUAAUCAACAACGAUCAGAUGACAAAACAAAUGAUAAAGUAUGUAGUUCAGAUGAUUCUGAAAAUGAUGAAGAUGACGAUGGGGAAAGUAUUAAAUCGGUGAAUAAUGAUGAUACCGACGACUUCAAAGAUCUCAAAGAGUCUGAAGAAGAAAGUGAUAAUGACACAGAUGAAGAAGUAGAUAAACAAAAAAUAUCUUCAUUCUUUGAAUUCGAACUAGCUGAAGGCGAUAAUUUAAAGGAAUUGUUAACAGGAAAAACUCCAUCACAACAAUCAGCUGCUCUUCAAAGGUUAAUUAAAAGUUACGAUCCAGGUUUAGCCGAAAACAAUAAAGAAUUACUCAGUAGACUAUUCGCUCACAUGCUUCAGUACAUCAACGACAUAUUCACUGACUUAAAAGAUGAAGGAGAAAUUAUAAAAGCAUUUCUUAUUUUUGACAAACUCGCCCCUUAUUUUUAUGACCUAGCACAAACAAAUAAAGUGUCCACAAAGAAAUAUAUUGUGGAAUUAUUAAAGGAAAAACAUAAUAUUUAUGUAAAGAGAAAAAAGAGGGUACCAGAUUUGGACACUUUGAUUUUCUUCAAAUUGGUAUCACUUCUGUACCCGACGUCCGAUUACCGACAUCCGGUUACAACGCCAUCUCUGAUGUUCAUGUCAGAAAUCUUGGCGCAUUGCAAGUUUAAUUGUCCUUAUUCAAUAUCGAGAGGAUUGUUUAUCACAUCCCUCGUAUUAGAAUACACUGUUUUGUCAAAACGACUCGUACCGACUGCCGUAAAUUUUAUUAGAGGAAUUUUGUAUCUGUGUGCGAAUGUAAGCAUUUUAAAUCCAAUAGAAGUGGUCCCGCCUUUCCGUUUGCACAGAGACGCCAAGCUUCUGAAUUUGGAAGAAGACUGCUCCAAAAUGGAAGUGCUCAACAAAAUGGCGGCGAAGGAUUUAGCUUUAAACGAAAUAGAUAACGAUUUUAAAAUACGUUGUCUGAAUACAAGUGUAGAUAUAUUGAAAGAAUUUUUUGAUUAUUUCAAUGAAUUAGAAGCCCAGAAAUGUUUAUUUGAUCCCCAUGUCGCCUUGAUGGGUCGGAUAGAUUUAGAUUUAUAUCCAAAGAAAGUAGCAUCAAAGAUAGCAGGUACUAUCAAGUACAUGAAAGAAAUCUUCGAAGUUAAAACAUUUACACCUCUUACAAGCGAAAAAAAGCAAAUCAAAAUGCUUAGACUCUAUGAACCUGAUAUUAAAGAAGUUUUCACCAGCAGUAAAAGUUCCAAAUCUUCAAGCGAAAAUGCAGAGAGAGCUUGGUUGCAGACCAAAUAUAAGAAAGAGAUGAAAGGAGCACUAAGAGAGAUCAGAAGAGACAAGGCGUACAUCGCAUCUGUAAAGAUAAAACAGAAGCUGCAAAGUGACAAAGUGAGAAAGGAUAAGGUGAAACAAAUAUACAAGGAGGCAUCCAUACAGCAAGGCGAAUUGAACAAGUUAAAACGAAUGAAAUGAUUUUAUCACUUAUUAGCGAUGUAAAUAUGUGUGUCUCAUAAUAAAUAUGUGUAGCAGUGAC